AUGUUAAAUCUACUGGACCUCCCAACUGAACUCAUCUACCGAAUUGUCGAAUUUCUCGAGGAAGAUUACGACCAAUGUUACUGCCACAACGAGAAAGAUUCUAACGCACUUGUCAACCUGAGACUCACCAACAAGAGGCUUUCAUUGAUUGCCAGGAAAACUCUCUUUUCUACCAUCAAAAUACUCCCCUUGGAGCCUUUGAACAAAGACGACUUAAAGAGACACAAAAACGCCCUGGAGCACCAAGAGCUGUGGGGAUACGUAAACAGCGUCGAAAUCGAUACUGUCGGAUAUAAUGAGAUAAGAUAUGUGUAUCCUUACUCUACCUUCCCGCCCACACAGGGUGCCUCAUACGAAGCAAAAGUCUCAGACGAGUUCGGAAAGGCGCUAUCUACUUUAAAGAAGCUUCCCAAUAUCCGAGCCGUAAAACUAUAUCUGUCGGAAGUAUGCUUUGCGAAUGGAUUUGAGUGGGGAAUUAGGAAAGAUUUUCAUGGACCCGCGCAAACUAUUCGCUUCCGAAAGGCUGUUAUGGAACAAUUCUUCGCCGCUCUAGCAGAUCCACUUGCAGAGAGCAUCAAGGAUAUCUCUAUUACCCAUCUCCAGGAUAUCAAUGAUCCGACCUUAGUUCAGUCGAGUUAUUUCAGAUCAGUUCUGAGGCGAUUGUCAUCCUUGACACUGAAUAUAGUGACUGAUAACGUUUCACUGGACACUCGAGAGGCCAUUGAAUUAGAAGAACUUCACGAUUUCUUCAAUCAACUACCAUCUACCUGGCUAAUGCCUGCUGCACCUGGCCUGAAAUGUCUGGUUCUCUCCUGCGCAGACCGCUAUUUUGGCUACUAUCCUAAGCUGGAUUUGAGCUCUGUCCACUUCCCAAACCUCGAAACACUGGCACUGAGUAAAUUUACCAUUGCCGAAAACAAACACGUCGACUGGAUCACUUCUCAUACAGGCCUGCGUCGGCUUUCCCUCCAUGAUUGUCCGAUCUUGGUGUACCGCAUCGUGGAUCCGGAACACCUUGUAGAGAAAGACAAUAACAACCAUUCUACUCUAAUGGAUGCGACCAUAACAGGGUGGGGACGGAUAAUACAGCUACGGGAGCUACGCUGGAGUGGCAUUUUCGCCCAGUUUCAGUCUUCGCUCAGAAGCUUGCGAGAGUUCCGGAUCGGGUAUUGGAAAGAUCACGAUACAAAGACAGUCGAUUCCGAUCUGGACAUGUUUGAAAACAUGCCUUUUGGCUUGUUCCGUAAUCGGUAUAAGGUUUAUAAUUCGGGCCGUCGUUUGGAUGAUGAGUUGUACGAAGACGCUGAGUGGUAUACCGAUAUGCAGGAUGAUGAGGGAGACGAUACGUUGUUAGGGAAGAUGGUGAAGCAAUUUGCGGACAGAUGCAUAGAAGGAGACCAAAACAAAGAGGAUAAAGCGGCAUUGGUGGGGCUUUUGGAAAGUAUCGGGAUGGAAGUUCCGGUUGGUUUCAGCAAAGAAGGGUCAGUUUGUGACUUAGUUGAGACGCAAUGGUAA